ACUACAAUGAAGUUCUCAAUAGGUUGAUGGAACAUAAACUUCGUAGUAGUUUUUACUUAUUCUAUUAACACUAUAACCGGGGAAUAAACUGGAACAUUAUUCCUCAAUGUGAUUAACUUAAAAUGAAACCUAGAGGUAUUCCGAGGCUAGGGAAAACGAAGUUGCAAGAAUCACAUGUGGAACAUGGGCAAAACAAGGGCACUUCCAAAAGCUGUCUUAAAACAGUGACUGAAGCAAACCCCUCACAAAAAAAGCCCCUGCUUGGGAAGGGAUUCUAUCUCGAUUUACCAUUCAAUAAGAAAACCGAAAACUUGGAGAAGGACAUCAAGAUUUUGGGAGGGACCAUUGAGAAGUUCUUCAGCAAGGACAUCAAGUACCUGGUUUCAAGUCAGAAGGAGGCACGAUAUGCCCAAAGACUGGGCAGGAACUCUCCGGUGCCCAGCCCCGACUCCGGCCACAGCUCCCCCCACCCCAGCAGCAGGAGAGGAAGCCACAAAGGCAGCUCCCAGGGGCCCUCAGAGACUGUGGUUACGAGUAGAGGCAAAUCAUUAGUAGAGAAAGUAAUAAAGGAGCAGGAACGGGUACAAAUCAACCGCAUCUUCUCCAAUGCUCUGGAGUGGGGAAUCAAAAUCCUUUACGUUGAUGAUGUAAUAUCGUAUGUUGAGAAGAAGAAAAGAGACUUCACAACACAGCAGCAGAGUAACGCAUCCACCCCAGCUGUUGAGACAAGAAAAACUAGACCCUCAGAAAAACCCACUUUUCAGAAAUAUGAUGCUGGAAGGAUCAGUAAGCCUUUUGUGAAGGUUGAAGACUGUAGCAGGCACUACAGGCCGAUCUUCCUUUCUAUGCCGCACCUGCCAGAGCUGAAGUUGAGCUCUGCGCCUCCUGGCAGUCCCUUUCUGGCAGAGGAGCACGGCAAAGAUGGGCAGGGAAAGAAACCAAAAGAGCACCGGAACAAAGGCCUUAAAGGUGCUGGAAGCGAGGCAGGGAAGCUCCUGAAGGCCAAGAGCAAAGUGGCGGACGUUCGCGGGAAGAAGCGGGGAGGAUACUGUGAAUGCUGCGUGGUCAAAUACGAAAGCGUGAAAGCGCAUCUGAACAGCGAGCAGCACAAGGCUUUUUCGAAGAGUGAGGAGUACUGCGUUGUGGAUAAAGCCAUUGCCGAACUCGUCUGUGAUUUUGUUGAAAAUUCAAUUCAAAAGCGGACAAAAAGGCCGAAGUGGUCGGUCUCCUCUGUAGUACAUACAUCUGUACAAAGAAAGAUGUUUGAGGUGCAAAAAGAGGAGACCAUGGAAGCAGACCCAAGUGUGGAAGGUAGAACAGGCCCCGCCUUUCUCGGUGGCUCUGCAGAGUCCUCCACCACCCGCAGUGUGGACGGCGCUGCGUCUCGCAGGCAGAGAGCCCUCAGUAAGGCCCUUCUCUCCGGUAGCCAAGGAUCAGAGGCAUCAAAGAAUUCUCACAGAUCACCCCAGAAAUGA